AUGUUUAGCACAGCAAACUGGAAGUUUCAAUACAGUUUUUGUUUUAUCGGUUUUAUUUAUCUAAUACCAAGCACAGCAGCCUAUACGCGGGAAAUUGUUAACAAUAAACCACCGCUGCAGGAAAGACCAUCUUGGCUACAAACCUGUAAGCGUUCCAGUCCCAAUGAAAACAAAUGUUUCCGUCAAUUAUUUGAGGGCUGCUUUCCCGCGCUUGCCGCUGGCAUUCCAGAGAUUGGUGUGAGGAGCUUCGAUCCGCUGAAUAUUGAUCAGGUAUCUGUUUCAAAAGGCAGUGGAAAUUUGAUUCUGUCCGGCGGCUUUCAAAACCUUAUCAUACGCGGACCUUCAAAUGCGACAGUGCGCCGAGCUAGUUUGGAUCUGUCGCGACGUCAACUGAACUUUGAGCUGGAGUUGCCGCGUCUGCGCAUCAGAGCCAAGUACAAUCUAAAGGGUAAUAUUCUUCUGUUACCAUUGGUUGGCAACGGCGACGUAGCCAUGGCUCUGAAGAAUGUCCAUACAGCCGUUUACACAAAGAUCUCGCUGCGCAAUGAGACCCAGACUGGGGAUGAGAUUAUACACAUUGAUGAGAUGAAAGUGAGCUUCCAGGUGGGCGCGAUGCGAAUUCAUUUGAAGAAUCUCUUCAAUGGCAAUGAAAUUCUGGCCACGUCCAUUAACGCGUUCCUAAAUCAGAAUGGCAACGAGGUCAUAGCAGAGCUGCGGCCCGACUUGGAGAUGGGGCUAGCUGACAUUUUCCAUGGCCUAUGGAAUAAUGUGUUCUCCAAGAUGCCCACAAAACUAUGGUUAAUCUGAGUGUAAGUGCAGCCAAAGAGUUUCU